AUGCAGCUGAACACUAAUGUGACUGAGUUCAUUCUGCUUGGGUUGACACAGGUCCCCGUUAGGAAACUGAUAGUGUUUAUGACUUUCUUAUUUUUCUACUUGGCAAUGCUGCUGGGUAACCUGAUGAUUAUCACCACCAUCAAGACCAGUUGGGCACUUGGGAGUCCGAUGUACGUCUUCCUUUUCCACUUAUCCUUAUCUGGCACCUGCCUCUCUACUUCUGUAGCCCCUAGAAUUAUUGUGGAUGCACUCUUGAAGAAGAACAUAAUUUUUUUCAGUGAGUGCCUAAUCCAAGUCUUCUCCUUGCAUUUGUUUGGCUGCCUGGAGAUCUUCAUCCUGAUCCUCAUGGCCGUGGACCGCUACGUGGCCAUCUGCAAGCCCCUGCACUACACGACCAUCAUGAGCCCCAGGGUCUGUGCAGUGUUGGUGGCCGUGGCCUGGGUGGGGUCCUGUGUGCAUUCCUUAGCUCAGAUUUUCCUGGCCUUGAGCCUGCCUUACUGUGGUCCCAAUGUGAUCGAUCACUAUUUCUGUGACCUGGAGCCCCUGCUGGGACUCGCCUGUGCAGGCACCUACGUGGUCAACCUGCUGCUGGUGUCCAAUAGUGGGGCCAUCUGUACAGUGAGCUUUGUCUUGCUGAUGUUCAACUAUGUUGUCAUCCUGCAUUCUCUCAGAAACCACAGUGCUGAAGGGAGGAGAAAAGCCCUCUCCACCUGCAUCUCCCACAUAUCUGUGGUUGUCUUGUUCUUUGUACCUUGCAUAUUCAUCUACACACGCCCUGCCACCACCUUCCCCAUGGAUAAGAUGAUAGCUGUGUUUUACACAGUUGGGACAGCUCUGCUCAACCCUCUAAUUUACACACUGAGGAUUGCAGAAGUGAAAAACGCCAUGAGGAAAUUGUGGAGCAAGAAACUGAUCUCCGAUUUAAGAUGA